ACCCAGGAACCCUCUGAAACAUGUGACUCACCGAGGAUAUCCGGCACUGACAGAAAAGAAGACUUCCUGGAAAAAUAUCAAGAGCUGGAGGUGCUGGGUCAUGGAGGCUUUGCCACCGUGUUUUCUGGAAUACGCAUAAAAGACAGUUUUCCAGUGGCAAUCAAACAUGUUCAACAGCGCAGACUUGCGCGCACAACAAUGGAUUGGAAUGGGAAAAGUACUGAUGUUCCCCUGGAGGUGGCGCUACUGAUACAAGUUGGGGCUGGACCACAUGAUACGGAAAGCAGUAUAACCCCACUUCUACUUGACUGGUUUGAUCUGGAAGAUGAGCUUAUUAUGGUUUUUGAGAAACCAGAAAAUUGCAUGGACUUAGACAAUUACCUCAAAACUACAGAUAAACCUCUGUCAGAGACACAUGUUAAGGUCAUAAUGAAGCAACUAGUUGACGCAGCCAUUACGAUGGAUAACAAGGGGGUUUUCCACCGAGAUAUUAAACCACACAACAUUCUAAUUGAAACAUCUUCGGAGGAACCCCGAGUGCGAUACAUCGAUUUUGGCUGUGGAGUCACGUUUACUCCGGGACAAAGGUUCAGGAGGAACGCAGGAACCAGGAUCUACAAUAGUCCAGAGUGGUUCAUGUACGGCUUCUGCUCUGCAGAAUAUACUACAGCCUGGCAGCUGGGUGUUGUGAUGUACCAGCUGUUACACAACAAGUUACCAUUUGACUGCGACUACAAGAUCAUCAACCAAAACCCACCGAUUUUAGCUGACAUUUCAAACAAAUGCAGGGAUUUUUUGACGGGGUGUCUGAGGAAGCACUACAAGGACCGCUUCACCCUGGAGGAUCUUCGGAAUCACAUGUGGCUCAAAUGAUUUCUGCGCACCAUGAACUAAAAGGUUAUGGAGCAAAAGCUCCAACACAUCACAAGUCAUCAACAAGUCACUUUUCAAAUUUAGUAGCAAUGUUGCAGUUGCUGUCACGUGGCUCUUUUUUGGUGUUUUCUUUUCCAAUCCAGCAGCAAGCAGUCUGAGACCUCCAUCUGACCUUCAUCUAAAUAUAGUGUCAAGCGGCGGCUGUGUGAAGGCAAGAGAGGACCCAAAUGCACAGCUCUAGACACACGGUGAUGACCUCAAAGGCAGGU